AUGCUGACUACCAAUCUUCUCGUUGCCUGUCUCGGUGUUGCCUUUAUUGCAUUUGGCGUGAUAGGCUUUCGAGAUGGAUUCAAGGGAGCUAUCUUGUUUCCACCCUUGAUUUUUAAACUCAUUGCUAUUCUCGGUGCCAUUAUCGUUUUGGCAGCUUUGCUUGGUAUUGCUGGAGCCUUCAAGCAUCGUAAAGGAAUCAUUAUCGUCUACAUGAUCAUUGUCGUGAUUGCUCUGGUCUUUCAAGUCGUCAUUGGUGUCAAGGUGUAUCAAAAAGGCGCCAAUACUGCAUCCUAUUUAGCUCCUCUUUGGAGUACAGGUACCAAUUCAUUCCGAGAAACUUUGCAAAACGAGUUUGAAUGCUGUGGAUACAAUAAUGCCAUGGAUCAACCUGCUGUCACCGAUACUUGCAACCCAUCCUCCGGUCAAAUUUCCACCCAGCCUCCUUGCUACGAUACCCUUAAUCAGUAUGCACACAUGUGUUUCACUCGCGUGUAUCUUGUUCUUUUUGCCGCCUUGGCUGUUGAAUUAUUGGCAUUGACAAAUGGUAUCACCAUCUUGUGUACGCGUGCUAUCCAUGGUGAUCCUGAAGAAGAAGAGGAACGUCGUCGUCGUCGCAAAUCCGGUAUUCGUCUAGAUGACAUGUCACCUGAUACUCCCACCACGGCUGGUUCUCAUAAUCAAUACGGCAAUUAUUAUCAAGGAGGUGGUGGUAUGUAUGAAGACAAGUACCAAGUCAGCGGCGAUAGUCGAUACGAUAGUUAUGAUAUUUACAAGCAAAAUAAUGCUGGCGUGCAUGGUGGAGGAAGAUACUAUUAG